UUUGGAAUAUCAAGAUAUGCCAGACUUCCCCCAUUACCGCUCACAUUGUAAGUGUCUUUGAAUUGAGCUUCAACGACUGCAGAAGUGAAUCGUACAUAGCCGACUAGCACCAUGUCAUUUCCCCCAGCAGACUGUUUGUACCACUGGAUCAAAUCAAAAGCAGUGUUUGAAUGGCUGCACUUCAUCUGGACUUCUUCUCCAGGAUGUUUGAUCAGAGCACCGGGACUCUGAUGAACACUGUUCUUUGAGAGUUCUGCAAGACACAUUUCAAACAUACAGCUUUAGUGAGGAAAAUACACUUUAUGAGCUUAAAGAAUAAACGUGGAAAUAUUUAGGUCAAUUUCUUUGAGUUAAUGUGAUAUUACCUGUCAAACAGAACGGCAGAGCUGCUAAAUGUACGAAAAGUCUAAUCAUGAUCCUAAUGCAGAUGAAAACAAAACUAUGAUGACUGCAAACUGAACAGAGCUGCCUGGAUGUAAAGGAGGAGGAGGAGGAGUCUUCAUCAGUGUAUUUGAACAGUAUCCUGCUGUGUCUCUUCACAUAUAUAUCCUGAUGAUAUCUGUGUUGAUUUCCUGCCACAGGCUGCAGUUAGAUGCAGGUGCGUUCUUCUUCAGUGUGACUUUAUGUGGCUGAUUAUCAGAGCGGGUUUUUGUAGAAGCAAGAGCGACUUUGAGUCACUGUGUCUACUAGCUGCACAGUAAUACACGCCGCUGUCUUCAGGCUGUCUGAGUUUCAGCACAUUAAUAUAAUGUUUCAACCAGCGAUGGAGAUACCCAUUUUAUAACAAAAAAGACCACGUGACACUGGCUCGUCUCAAACGAGCCUAACGAACCAAUCAGCUCCCGUUAGCUGAAACACGUGGUUGGCAUACGUCAUACGCAUUACGCGCAUGCGUACGCGCUAACCCCGCCCCCCUCCCCAUCAGUCCUUCAGUCGCGCAGAAUGGCGGCUCUUUUGGAAUCUCUUCUGUGGAAGAAAGUGGACGUUACAACGGUCUUGGACUGGCUAAAGAAUGACAAGGAAGGCGAACGGCUGGCAUUGAGAGAACCUGAGGUGACAGUUCACAAACAAGAGUUUGUCCCAUUUCUUCUGAACUUCCUGAGAGAGCAGAGCAGUCGAGCACUAACUCAUGGCCCCGCCACGCCUGCCAAGACCCCCAGCCGCCCCAGACCUGGUGCACAGACUCAGUGUGCCACUGACAGGAGGGGCUGCAGGUCCGCUGGUGGUGGUGGUGGAGAUGGUUCUCGGAGUGCCAGCCGGGUCCAGCUGUUUUCUCCAUCCGCCUCAGUGUCACCUGGGUCCGAGUGGGAUGCUGCCGGUGAGUCAGGGUCCCACUCUCUGAGUGGGGUCAACGCCUUCAGCAGCCCCUCCUCCUUUGCUACAGGAUGGAGCCCCGCCUCCAGGCCUUCAGGCUCCGAACGCCGGUCGGGCCAGAGGAUCAGUCUGGGGGACUACAUGGUUUCUCCUCCUGACCUCCAGAAAAGCCCCAGCUUCCAGUCCCAGAAGGGUCGCAGGAGAGGUGGUGGCAACAUGGCAGCGGGGGGACAAGGGAAACAUGGAGGGUGGCGGGGAGGACAUCACAGUGAUGAGACUGGGCGAUGGGAAAGCGGGGGAAGAAGGUCAGGUAGAGGAGGUGGAGGAGGAGGAGGGAACAGUAGGAUAAGCGAGCAGGCUUCACCUCCAUCUGUGGGGCAGCUCAACUUCAACAACUUGGAGGACUUCCCUCCUGUUGGGUCUUCACCCAUUUCACCCGCGGCAUCCAAACCAUCUAGAAGAAUAAACCCAACGGCAGUCGGUGCAGAACGGCCUCACUCCAAACCAAAGACGUGCUUCACCUCCACCCCGUUCAGUGAGUCUUCUAGUCCCUCGUUAGCCGUGGAGGCGCUCGAGGGGUCGAUGACAGUGGGCAGUCCUCUGAGCCUGCAGGAGGAGAGGGAGCUGCUAAAGAGAGAAAAGACAAAGCGAGCUCAGCAGGUUGGCUCUCCUCUGCUCUCGUCUCUGGACCCGUGCACCCCCACCAAGUUAGGGCUGAGGACGGGGUCUAAAGUUACACCAGAGCUGCAGGCACCCUGUCCUGAACCAUCCAAAGUCACCUUCUCUGUGGAACUGGAUCUCCUAGCAGAGCUGUACUGUACCUGCAUUUCUGAAAACCUUGUGCCAAACAUUUUCCUGGAGCUUUUCUUUGUGGUGCAGUUGCUAACUUCUCAAUCCUUUCACACUCAUGAUGACGAUGAACAGGAGAGUUUGUGUGCAGUGAAUUCAGAAAUUCUGGAGAGAUGUUACCUGAGACAAGUACACAACUGUGUGUAUUUUGCAGUGAAGGUUCUGGAGAAUCAGUUUCAGUUGGUAGCUCAUUUGGACAAGUGUACCUUGCGUCUACUGGCGGAGAACGAGCGGGUGGCGUCUUUCUCUCCGGCUCUCAGGGGCCGUCUGACUCAGGCCCAGGAGGGGAGCACAUCCAAGCUCUCUCCUUCAGUCUCCACUUUCAUCCACUCUGUCCCGUUCCAGCCUGCUACUGACAACCGGUCCAACUUCGGUAGUGACAAGGCCUUCCACACCUUUAAAAAACAGAGAGACAUUUUUUACGAGGUGUUACGAGAAUGGGAGGACUUUCACAAAGAGCAGAGGUGGAACUUUGACGCUGCUCUCGGCAGCAGGAUAAGAGGAAUGAUGAGUCAGCUGACAUCUGCAGGAAACCAUUCCCAUUUUGCUCGUCUGUUCCUGAAGCAGCUUGUUCAGACGUGUAAAGGCCCCCGUGUGAACAGCUCCCCCGGGGAUACUCCUGAUGCGGACCUGCUCGGCAUGCUGGGAGCCGACAGCCUCGGGCGUCUGAAGCGUCUUGAGGAGCGUCUCAUCCAGCCUCAGGGAGUCGUCGGGCCCUGCCCGCCACCAUCCUUUCCUGGUCACCAGGAGUUCUUCAGGGAUUUCCUGCAGACGGCUAGCUGCUGCCAGCUGAACCAGCACCUGCAGGACAGCCUGUGUCAGCAGCUCCUCCAGCUGGACGAGGUGUCCAUCCUGAGUCCUCCUGCUUCCAUCGCGGAGGUAGAGGAGGACGGAGACGGGGACAUGGAGCAGCAGGAUGAGAAGCAGCGCUUCACCUCGGUGCUGCUCCUCGCUCGUCUUCUGGCGAAGUUUCUGGGAUUCAUUUCCUUUCUGCCUUACCAAACGUCUGAGAGACCAUCCAGGGAGAUACAGGACACUGCCAUAGCCCUGCGUAGCAAGAGUGUUCCGGUGCUGGAUGUUUGUGCUGUGCUGAGUAACAGCAUGAGAAGGAGGCGCACCAUCCUGACCGUGCCCUGGCUGGUGGAGUUCCUCUCCAUGAUGGACUUCAUUGGUCCCCUCCUGCUCUGCUAUAGGACGGCACUGGGCAAACUGCUCCUCCUGUACAGGAGAAUGCUGCUGGCCAGAUGUGGAGAAAUGUGUUACCUGAACAAGCUGCUGAUGGUGUCUGUGUUGGGCUGGCUUUUCCAGAUCCCGGUGAUUCCUGAGGAUGUUUUCUUCACCAAUGAGUUCACUGAGGUGGCCAAGCUGGAGGACAGCAACAUGAGUGCUGCGGGACUCGACUGCAUUCCCCUGGUGGAUCAGCAGCUUCUCUACACGUGUUGUCCAUUUCUUGGUGAGUUCCGUAAGCUCUUGGCUGCCUUUGUGUCCGGAAGCACCGCCAAAAGUGGAGGAAUCAUCCGCAAGAUCACUCCCACUUCUGCCGAGCUGAAGGACACGCCGACCGCCAACAGGUCGCAGCAGAAGCUGCAGGUGGACCUCGAGCAAGCCUUCUUUCACAACCAGCCGCCGUCGUUGCGUCGCACCGUGGAGUUCGUAGCUGAGAGAGUUGGAUCCAACGCCGUCAAGCACAUGAAGGCCACUUUAGUGAGUGAGUUGGUGGAGCGAGGUGAGAAGAUGCUGCGAGAUGGUCUGAAGUCGCCAAACUCCAAUCCUUCAAAGCUGAAUGACUCCAUCUGUGCUCAGCUGUGUGUCGCCGGAUUGGAAGCCCUGGCAAAAGCCACCAGAUUCUGCUGUGAGAAGAGUCCAGAUGCCGUACGGAUGCUGCUCUCCGAUGAGACGUCUCCUGCUGUCCUGACCACAUCUGAAAACAUCACCAAACGUCUUGCAACAGAAAAAGCCUGCAGCUGGCUCUCCGCCAACAUCACAGCCCUGAUAAGACGAGAGUGGAAGAGCAGGUGUGAUCGUGUGAUGAAGGCCGUGGGCGGCCCGGUGGCUCCGGACUCGAGGGAUGUGGAGGGCGCCGUGCUCGAGCUGGUCUCCAAGGACGAGCCGUCGACCACUCCCAAGAGGAAACAAGGAGGCGAGAGUGUGACAUCCUGCCCGCCGCACUGCGACCACAGCGCUUCACUGCCCUCUGACAUCAUCGUUGAGAUGAAGGAGUUGCUGAGCAUCGCGGUAGGCCCCCGGUCUGAUGAGGAGCUGCUCACCGGCUCUCAGGUGACAACGCUGCUACAGAGGGUGGUCGACACGCUGGCCUGCAGAAAGUUCUCAACUGUGAUGUCGGAGCAGAUGCUGCUGAACUUGACUGUCCUGCUGGCCUGCAAGCUGGUGUCUGCAGAGCUGCCCGUACUGUCUCCACCAGGGUGCAGCGGAGGUGAAGGUCUUGUUGUGGGUCCUGGUUCGGGAUCAGAGCCUCCUGUCAGAGCGCUGCUGGAGCAGCUUGCCGAGCUGUGGCAAGACGACCGCUGUUCCUCCGCCCCCCUCCACCUGCUCUUCACCCCACUCACCGUCACCGCGGUGCUGAAGGCCAGCGACACUGAGUGGAAGAACUACCUGUUUCUGGUUCGAAAGCUGGUUGACGGACACGUCUUGAGCGAGGAAGAGGUCGUAUCUCAUUGGAAGAAGCUAACGAACUUGGCCUUGCCAGCGGAGCUGAUAGAGAAUUUCCAGCUGCAGUCACAGAGUAUUAAACCCCCCUUGCCUCUGGCUGAGUUGCAGAGCCACUUGGAUAUACUGCAGGUCUCACAACAGACAGUAGAGGGAGCUACAUGACGGCAAUAUUACUGCUCGGCGUCCCCACAGCAUCUUUUUCUGUUAUCCACACUGUGUUUUAUGUGGCAUCUAUCAGUGUGUUAUUCAGGAGAGAGAGACAGAUCUGGGUGACUUCUUGUUGUUGACCAUUUUAUAUAUAUUUUUGCACAGCCCAUCAAAGCUGCACCACAGUCAGCCUCUGCACAGGCUUUGCAAGCUUCAGACUUUUGUUCUCCUGUGAAGUGACAGCAGCCUUUCAUGAAUCCCUCUGCUCUUUUGCUAAGGUGACAACCAGAGAGCCCUGCCAGUCAGACGUAGCUAGAGGACGACACCAUUACACACCUUUUUUUAGACCUGUUAAACUUUCCUGCAAGCACACCUGGUAUACGUGAUUGUGUCCGAAGGGAAAUACUAGUACAGUAGAUGAAACAUUUCAAACAGUUGAGACCAUUGCAGAGAAUUGGCAAAGACAUAAGACGGGUCAGCAUCAAACUGCUGAGGACUCAAACGGAGUAGCUUCAGUGUCACCUUAAAGACCGUGACUCUUUAAAACAUGCAGUUUUAUUCCCAAUUUUUACAUGAAGUAUUCUAUCAGGCAAGCCAUAGUUUUUAAAGGAACUCUUGUUAAUAAAAUGGACUUUUAGACUUACCAGAUAACAUAGAAAGACUUAAUUUUAGUACAGCACUUUCACACACUGCCUUUGACCGCCACUACUGGUGAUUGCAUGUUUGCUCUAUGAAUGCAAGACUGCAGUUUGUGUUUGGUUUUUAGUUCAUGUUGAACGAGUAUUCGCUGUAUUCCCUGCUGCUUUUUUAAAGUGAAAUAUUUUUAUGUUGCCACAAAAAUAAUAAAGUAUUCUGCUUUUAAAUGUUCUUUUUUUGUGUUGUCAUCGUACUGAUUUUAUAUCGUAAU